AUGGAACAGGCGAAUAAGACUCGAGGAGGCGAUGUGGAGGCUAGGGAUGCUCGAGGAAAAGGGAAGACAAUCAGUUCAGGCAGUGGGUUUCCGGGACCGAAAAGUGGAUCUUGGAAGAGACCGAGGACAUAUUACGAGACUCCAGCUAAGGCGGCAUCUCCAUCUGUUAGGGCUGCACAUGUCAGGCAGUUGACAUUAGUUAAGUGUUUCGUUUGCGGCGAAAUAGGUCACUACGCCACAACUUGCCCGAAGCCAAGGAAGGCGGGCUGUUUCAGGUGUGGGCAAGCGGGACAUAUGGCUAGAGACUGCACCCGACCUCAACAGGGUAGACAAGAACAUCAGCAAAGACAGUUAGGUGCGGGCCAAGCUAGAGUGUUUGCAGUGGGUCAGCGGGACACAAGAGUGGAAUGUACCUUAUCUAUUUUUGACUACAUUGCUAGAGUAUUGUUUGAUACAGGAGCAUCACACUCUUUUAUUGCUAGUUCGGGUCGUUACACUCUCGAGCUUGAGACAAUCUGCAAGACUUGUCCUAUUAUGAUCAGAGGUAGAGAAUUCUCUACUUCUUUGAUAGUGAUUCCGGACCACACCUAUGUUGUGAUCUUAGGAAUUGACUGGUUGAGGCCACAACAUGCUUUGAUCGAUUGCUUUGACAUGGUAGUGUUUUUCCAUCGUCUCAGGGAACCAGUUUUUCAUUAUCGUUGCCUCAAGUCAGAUAAUGCCAUAAGAGUAGGAGUCUUGGCACAUGUGGAGUCUGUGGAUGAGGAAGUAGCUAUUGCACAUUGUUGUGGUAUCCGAGUAUAG